AUGAAUGCGCGGAGCCAGGCCCGGUUCUACGCCAUGCUGGCCAAUGGUGGUGAGCUGCACGGCGUGCGCCUUCUUUCUGAGGAGCGAGUGCGGACCUUCCACAUACCCCGACCCCCCAGCGAUUACGACCCGGUGCACGGUAGACCCCAUCAUGGAACCAUCGGAGGCUUCCACUUCGCAGGUAGUCCAGGUAUGGGCGCCAUGGGCAGCAACCCUCUGGCUUUCGGCCACAACGGGGCCGGCGGUUGUCUGGGCUGGGUGGACCCCCAGCAUCGACUGGCGGUUGCUAUCCACCAUAACCGCAUGGUCCCCCACGGCCCUCCCGAGGAGAGCCCGCUGACACCCAUUGGCGGAGCAGUGCGAAAGGCUCUGGGUAUACCAGAGUAG